AUGGCUUCAAAUGUUGUAGUUUUACUUCCCAAUGCUAAAAGACAAACUGUAAAGACGACGCCUACAAUGCCGUUAAAACAGAUCGUCAACGCUGUUUGUGAAAAACAGGGAUAUACGGACGUAGAGAUUUAUGGAUUAAAGCUAAACAAAAAGACUCUCGAUCUUGGACUUUCUAUGAGAUUUGCCAAUCUUGCGCCAGGUGCAAAACUGGAGCUUAUCAAAGUUUCUGCACCGAAAGCUCAGAAGGAUGUUCAGAUUGCCUUACAAUUAGAUGACGGUGGAAGAAUGAUUGAGAAAUUUCCAAUUACGACAUCUAUUUGGGAUAUAAUACUUCAUUUUGAGAAAACGUCUGCUAAUGGGUCUUUAAACCUUACGAGACGAACAGCACCUGCGCCCCCCAAAAAAGGAUUCUCGCUGAAAAAAUUUAGUAAAUCGAGCGAAACACAAUUUUAUCAGCAACCCGUGUGUUUAAUAUUAAAUCGAGAGUAUGGGACCAUAUCGUUACUGAAAUCUACAACUUUGCAAUCUGCCGGAAUCACAUCAGGGAAUGCUGUAUUACGGCUUCUAUUUAGACAAACUGAAUUGACUUUAACUGAUGUUGUAAAUAUUGAAGCAUCUCCUCCAAAAGAAUUGACUGAUACUGUACUCACGCUUGAUAACCAACAGAAGGAGCCAAUUAAUACUAUGAAUGUUUCUGAUAAACAACAGAAGGUGCCAAUUGAUACUAUGAAUGUUUCUGAUGAACAACAGAAAGAGCCAAAUGAUACUAUGAAUGUUCUUGAUGUACAGCAGAAGGAGCCAAUUGAUACUAUGAAUGUUUCUGAUGAACAACAAAAGGAGCCAAUUGAUACUAUGAAUGUUUCUGAUGAACAACAAAAGGAGCCAAUUGAUUCUACGAAUGAUCUUGAUGAACAACAAAAGAAGCCAAUUGAUAUUAUGAAUGACCCUGAUGAACAAUCGAAGGAGCCAGUUGAUACUACUAUAAAUGAUCCUAUUGAACAACCGAAGGAGCCAAUUGAUACUACUAUGAAUGAUCCUGAUGAACAACCGAAGAAGCCAAUUGAUGCUAUGAAUAGUCCUGAUGAACAACCGAAGGAACCAAUUGAUAUUACUAUGAAUGAUCCUAAUGAACAACCAAAAGAACAGAUUGGUACUGUAGGACAUUUUGAUCGUGAUAUAAAAGUGUUUAACCCACCACCAGAAAAUGCAUUGAUGUCAAAUCAAAUCGAUCUUCCCGACUCUUUCUUUGAAUUGACUGCGACUGAACUGAAAUAUUUACUGGCAAAACAAACCCUUAAGCAUCAAAGGGAUGAGAAUGCAGGGUUCAAGACUAAUGCCAUGCGUGCUCAAGAAGAAAAAGAAAGGGAGCGCAAGUACCCAAAGACGUUAAUCAGGGUCAAAUUUCCUGAUAGUUUCCAAUUACAAAUUGCCUUCUUAUCUAAGGAACAUGUCGCAGACUUAUAUAAAUUUGUUAAGGAUGCAUUACGUACACCCAAUCGCGAAUUCGAAUUAUACGUUAGUCCACCGAAAAGGACACUUUCGGAUAAGAACCUUACCUUAUAUCAAGCUGGAUUAGCACCGGCUUCGGUAGUAUAUUGUAUUUGGGCAGACAAGUCAGUUGGGAAUGAUGCUGUACCAUAUUUAUCUGACGAGUAUCUAAAGCUUAGAGAGGACAUUCCGAAUAUCACACCAAUGGAAAUAACGGAGGAUACCUCCGCUUCAGAGAGCUUAUCGGUAAAGUCAAAUGAUGUAGUACAUCAGCAGCGGAAUGACUCAUCCAAAAAUCGAGAGAGGAAGGAAAAAGUUGAAAGUUCUGACA